CAGAGAAAAGAGUGGGGGAAAAAAAAAGAAAAGAAAAAAAAGAAAACGCCCAGCAAAUAAAUUUGCAUAGAACGCUUCCUAAAACACUACGCAUUAUAAAGAUCCGUGAAUUGAUCUGAAUCCAAUAAUAAAAGGUAAGCUUUCUGAGAACUCAAUCUCGAUCUCACUCUCUGAAAUCGCUUCCUUCAGUUGCUGUUCUUCGUUGCUUCUACUGCUCCACAUCGCAAACCCCACAUAAACCCUUGGAGAUUUUUUUCCCCCAAUUUACUCGGUUCUUGAUGUAAUUCCUGGCCUGCAGAGAGUCUGCAGAAUAUCUAUAAUUGUUUCUUCUGCUUGUUUUUGGGUUACGGGUUUGAGGUUUUAAGCGCCAUGGAUGACUUGGAAAAAGCAAUACUUAUCAUGUUUGAUGAAGCUGGCAAUGUGGAUGCCGACUUAAAAUUGAAGGCUAAUGAGUAUUGUGAUAAAGCCAAAGAGGAAUCGGCAAUUUGCAGUGUGUGUGUUGAGAAGCUGUGUUUUUCGAACAUUGUUCAGGUUCAGUUCUGGUGCUUGCAAACACUUCAUGAUAUUGUUCGGGUUCGUUAUUCGUGGAUGAGUUUAGAUGAGAAGUACUGUAUUAGAAAAUCAGUGUUUUCCAUUGUAUGUUUGGACGGUAUUGAUGAGAACCACGCACUUAGAAUUUUAGGGGGUCCUGCUUUCAUAAAGAACAAGCUUGCUCAAGUUUUGGUUACACUAAUUUAUGUCGAUUACCCGGUAAAUUGGCCUUCAAUUUUUGUUGAUUUCUUAUCUAGUUUAAGAAAAGGACCAGUGGUGAUUGAUAUGUUCUGUCGAGUUCUGAAUACACUGGAUGACGAGUUGAUUAGCAUGGAUUACCCUAGAACACCUGAGGAACUGACCACUGCAUCGCGGAUAAAAGAUGCAAUGAGGCAGCAGUGUGUAUCUUCGAUUGUUGGAGCGUGGUAUGACAUUUUGUUGAUGUAUAAGAAUUCUGAUCAAGAAUUGUGUGCAAGCGUGUUGGAUGCGAUGAGAAGAUACAUAUCUUGGAUUGACAUUGGGUUAAUUGUAAAUGAUGUGAUUUUACCACUGUUAUUUGAGCUGACUUUAGUUGAUGGGUUGUUGGAACAACUUCGUGGAGCUGCAGCAGGGUGUUUACUGGCAGUUGUUUCAAAGCGAAUGGAUCAUCAGGCAAAACUAAACCUGUUGCGGAGUCUACAAAUAAGCCGGGUUUUUGGUCUGGUUGCUGGUGAAGACAGUGACUCUGAGUUGGUCUCACAGGUAGCUGGCUUGCUCACAGGCUAUGCAGUUGAGGCUUUGGAGUGUUUUAAACGGUUGAAUUCUGAAGAUUCUAAGAGCACUUCUUUGGAGCUUCUGAAUGAAGUUUUGCCGUCUGUUUUCUAUGUAUUACAAAAAUGUGAGUUGGACUCUGCUUUUAGCAUUGUGCAAUUCCUUUCUGGUUAUGUUGCAACCAUGAAGAGCCUUUCCCCACUGAGGGAGAAACAACUUCUUCACUUGAGUCAAAUAUUAGAAGUUAUCCAUGCACAAAUCUGUUAUGAUCCUGUAUACCGGCACAAUCUUGAUGUCUUAGAUAAGGUUGGGAGAGAAGAAGAAGAUAGAAUGGUGGAGUUUAGGAAGGAUUUAUUGGUACUUCUCCGUAGUGUGGGUCGUGUCGCACCUGACGUAACUCAAUUGUUUAUUAGGAAUUCAAUAGUAAGUGCUGCUGCAUCAUCAUCAGAUCGGAAUGUAGAAGAGGUAGAAGCUUCACUUACACUCUUCUUCGCAUAUGGGGAGUCAAUUAGUGACGAGGUAUUGAGAAAUGGAAGUGGACUUGUUGGGGAGCUGGUCACGAUGCUUUUAUCCACUCGGUUUUCUUGCCAUUCUAACAGGCUUGUUGCACUUAUGUAUUUGGAAACAAUUUUCCGAUAUAUAAAGGUAGUGCAGGAGAAUUCUCAAUUUAUUCAUGUUGUUUUGGCUGCCUUUCUUGAUGAAAGAGGCACACACCAUCCCAAUAUCAAUGUUAGUAGGAGGGCAAGUUAUCUAUUCAUGAGGGUUGUGAAACUUCUAAAAGUUAAGCUCGUGCCUUACAUCGAGACAAUUUUAACGAGCCUACAGGAUACUGUUGCACGAUUUACAAGCUCAAAUUUUGCAUCAAAUGAACUUUCAGGGUCUGAAGAUGGAAGCCAUAUAUUUGAGGCAAUUGGUUUACUUAUUGGGAUGGAAGAUGUACCACUUGAAAAACAAUCUGAUUAUUUGUCAUCUUUGCUCAAGCCUCUUUGUCAACAGGUUGAGGUGGUGCUAAUGAAUGCUAAGGCAUUAACUCCAGAGGAGGCUACUGCAAAGAUUGCUACUAUUCAGCAAAUAAUUAUGGUCAUUAAUGCCGUCAGCAAGGGGUUCAAUGAGCGACUUGUCACAUCAAGCCGUCCUGCAAUCGGACUGAUGUUCAAACAGACGUUGGAUGUUCUUCUCCAAGUCCUUGUUGCAUUUCCUAAGAUAGAGCCACUACGGAGUAAGGUCCUCUCUUUUAUACAUCGAAUGGUGGACACGUUAGGGGCAUCUGUAUUUCCCUAUCUUCCGAAGGCACUGGAGCAGUUGCUUGCAGAAAGUGAGCCGAAGGAGAUGGUUGGUUUCAUUGUGUUACUCAAUCAACUAAUCUGCAAAUUCAGCACUUCAGUCCAUGGCAUUUUGGAGGAUGUAUUUCCCACCAUUGCUAGUCGGAUAUUCAACAUUAUCCCUACAGAUUCACUUCCUUCAGGACCUGGAACCAAUAACGAGGAAAUUCGUGAACUACAAGAGCUUCAGCGAAUAGUCUAUACAUUUCUUCACGUGAUUACUACACACGAUCUCUCUUCUGUGUUUCUAUCCCCUAAAAGUAGAAGCUACCUGGAACCAAUGAUGCAGUUGCUUUUAUAUACAUCGUGCAAUCAUAAAGAUAUUCUUGUUAGAAAGGCAUGUGUACAGAUAUUUAUUAAAUUGAUUAAGGACUGGUGCACCCGGCCUUCUGGAGAAGAAAGGGUGCCUGGAUUCCAAAGUUUUAUUAUUGAGGGCUUUGCAACAAACUGUUGCUUGUACAGUGUGCUCGACAAAUCAUUUGAAUUACAUGAUGCAAAUACUCUAAUUUUGCUUGGAGAAAUUGUAGUGGCCCAGAAGGUUAUGUAUGAGAAGUUUGGGCAGGAUUUUCUUGUUCAUUUUGUAUCAAAGGGUUUUCCAACUGCACACUGCCCUCAAGAUUUGGCCGAGCAGUAUUGUCAAAAGUUGCAGGGUAGUGAUAUCAAGGCGUUAAAAUCAUUCUACCAAUCGCUAAUAGAAAAUUUAAGAGUUCAACAGAAUGGAAGUCUUGUUUUCAGAUAGCAUUGCCACGUGGAUGGAAUAAGUUGAUAAUAUUUCCUGAUAACACCACUUUGUGCGUUUGUUCUGAAAUAUGAACUGCAAUUUUGUUCACCAAGGGAUUUACAUUGUAUAUACGUUUUUGGCGGCUAUUUUAUGGAUGAGUUGUACAUUGCCUGAAAGGAUCUUCUCAACUACAGAAAGUUCAGUCGAGUUUUGACGGAGUGGAUCUACUUAUUUACAACGAGACCGUGGUAUCAUUUUGUCUAUACCAUUUACUUCGUUUUUGGAUUUUUUACACAUUUUUAUCCGUUACGUUAUGGUAUCUUACGUCGAGUAUUUAAGACUAGAUAAGUUCUGAUUCUUGGUUUCUUGUUUUGCACCACUUGAUAACGCUUAUCAGUUCAGGUUUGUAUAUUCUGGUCAAUGUUUUCUUGUGUCUGUCAUGAAAUAAAAUCUCAAAUUUGAAUUUCAGUUGCAGACAUGGAAGUUUUGUUUAAA